CUUCAAUUACGACUAUUCAGACCCUCCAAUUGUGCGCUAUCCAACCCGAAUCACUUCAAUGAUUUCCGUCAACUUGAUUCCUCUGUCAGAUUAUGGGCAGCUAUCUCUCGUAGUUCUAGGACUCCUAGUUCUGGCAUAUAUUGGGAAUGCGAUUCGUGUCUGGUAUCGAUUGAGGCAUUUCAAGGGUCCCACCUCUGUUGCAUGGUCGAAGUUUUGGCUCAUUAGAAGUCACAUAAAGCAGACAGUCUACCUCGAUGUAGCAGAAGUUUGCGAGAAAUAUGGAUCCAUCGCCAGGUGUGGGCCGAAUUGGCUUGUCACGAACGAGCCAGAACUCCUCCGCCGGAUGUAUGGAGUUCGAUCACUUUACAGACGCAACAAAGGGCACGUUGCUUAUCAAUUCAAGCCAGGACACGACAAUAUCAUCUCCGUCAUGGAUGACGGCAAACACACUCGACUCCGCUCCAAAAUGUUUGCUGGCUAUUCAGGAAAGGAGAAUGACAACCUCAUAAGUAGCAUCGAUGAGAACAUUAUGAAACUCGUCAAGCUCAUUGACGAGAAGUACGUCGCUUCGGGUGCGGAGUUCAAGCCGAUGGAUAUUGGCCGGAAGGCUCAGUAUUUCACAGUCGACGUUGUUUCCACCCUCGCUUUUGGGAAGGCCUUUGGGGAUCUCGUGACCGACUCCGAUAACCACCAAUACAUUGAGAAUAUAGAGGAAUCGGGACCAGUGAUUAUCUUGGUCUCGGUAUUACCCUGGAUCAGCAAACUUUUCAAGCUGCCUCUGCUGAAGUCAUUGCUUCCCUCAGAAGCCGAUACCAUCGGAUUUGGCAAAAUCAUGGGUUUUGCCAAAGAAACAGUCGCCGAAAGAUUCGGACCGAACAAGAAGUCGCAGCGAGACAUGCUCGGAUCGUUCCUUGCACACGGCUUAACCCAGGAGGAAGCAGAAUCCGAGAUUCUCGUUCAGAUUCUCACCGGAUCCGACACAAUCGCAACAGCAAUCCGCGUCACGCUCCUCUACCUCUCGACCAACCCCCGAGUUCUCUCAAAGUUCCUCGAUGAGAUAGCAGCUCACUCUCCCAGCUCUCCCAUCACCGAACCCGAAGCGAAGGCCAUGCCCUACCUGCAGGCCAUCAUCAAAGAAGGACUGCGUCUCUGGCCUCCGUCUUCCGCUCUCGUAACCAAGACUGCGCCGCCACAAGGCGACACCUUCAACGGUCUCUUCAUCCCCGGCGGCACAGACGUCGGCUCCUCCGCUUGGGGCGUCUUCAGAAAUAAGAAGUUCUGGGGCGAUGAUGCAAAUGAGUUUCGUCCUGAGCGCUGGUUUGGGCUGGAGGAUGGGAGGAGGAAGGAGAUGGAUGAUACGAUGGGACUGAUUUUUGGGUUUGGGAAGUAUACGUGUUUGGGUAAGGGGGUGGCAAUGCUUGAGUUGAAUAAGGUGUUUGUUGAGCUUUUGAGACGCUUUGAGUUUACGGUUAUUGAUCCGACGAAGCCUUGGAAGUGCUUGAAUUUUGGGAUCUUUUCUCAAUCGGAAAUGUGGAUGAGGGUGUCAAGGAGAGAGAAACAACUUUGAGUCGAGGUCGUGCUUCCAAACUCUCGUUUCUCACGUGUUCGGGCAGCUUCAUUCUAACUUUGAUUUAUUGGAGAAUUGAAUGGGUAUAAAGGUCAUAUUUCAUUUCAACAUGAUAGAAAAUAUCAUAAUUACAAAGACUAAUUACUUCCAUGAGCAGCACUAUUGUUUGCCGAUCACCCCCCAAACUUCUCUUUCUGUGCUCUCUCAGGCGAGCCCCCGAUAGUCGUUUCUGUCGGUGACCUGAUCUCCUUCGAUGUCCCGCCUCUUGCUCCUUCGUCCAGGCUAGAAAGCUCGAUUCCAUGAUUCCCUGACCUUAGUUUGCUCCCCAGCCUCGCGGACAACACCUGCCCCCAGCUUUGCUGUUCCUGUUGGG